UCAAACACUCGAAGCAGUAAGAUCGUUCGCUGAGUAAAUCGCCAAGAAACGUGCGAAAAGAAAGCAGGAACGCACUGGAGUAAAGGAAAGUGCCGUGAUAAACCGAAACACGUGUGGUGGAGUGCGGGAGAUGCACGCGAGCCGUGAGAUUUAGCAUUUAAACAGUGAAUGAGGCUUAAUUUCAGGGCACGUGUUAUCAUGUCGUCGAAACGUAAAGAACUCUCGACCAAAGAUGAGAAAUCAUGCGAUAAACGAACCAAAGGACCCGGAAGACACCACAUUAACUGCCUACCCGAAGAGCUUCUUGGUAUGGUGUUUGAUCGGCUCUGUCUGGAGUCUGUGAAAACCGCGUCCUUGGUGUGCCGAAAAUGGAACGAGAUCCUUUUUUCCGGAACGUACGCGAAUAGAUUUGUUUUCCGUGUUGAUGGGGGAAACAAUUUUUGUCCAGAGAGGAUCGUAGAAGCGAUACAUGUAUUGGCGCGGUCCAUUCGCGGAUAUCGACGUGUAUUCUUUAAAGGAGGAAAUCAAAACGAUGAGACCGAGUUUCAAGUAGAUUGGAACUCAUCCGCCAAGCCAAUCCUGCCAAGUAAUUCUGUGAAGCAUCUUCACGUGACCUCCGAAUUUAGGAUCUGGGUCGAUAUGCCCAACUUGGAAACAUUCGAUGGGCACCUGACCGCACUGCAUCAGCAUGACGAAAACGUUCCCCUGCCAGCACUCACCAAGCUGAAGCAUGUUACCCUACGUCAUUACGAAGAUUAUUCCAAAAGUCCAGAAUUAUUAACUAAAAUUAAAGAAAGUCAUCCAACGGCUAUUCGUCGCCUCAGCAAUGUUGAGUCGAUAAAAUGGAAGACUCACGUGUCGAGUCAAAUGUUUGUCGCACUUUGCGAAACAUGCACUCAGGUGAAGGAUAUGUUGUUUCACCGGUCGCUUUCUGUUGACACGAUGGCCGAUUUAGAAAAUCUCUCAAAACUAACCCAGCUCCGGAGCCUUAAGUUUAAAGACGCUUGUAUCAUGGUAAACGACAACUCAUCGUACGACUUUGAUUUCUCGAAACAAACUAACCUCGUUGAGCUAGACCUGUACGACACAGACAUGGAUACUCUGAAAUUUCCCGAAACGUUAAGAAGCCUUGCUGUCUACAUUACUGCAGAGAAUGAACAAACAUUGAUUCAAUCCAUCGUCAGCGCCGGUUCCGAGUUGACGGCAUUGAAAUUAAGGUACCGUGGAUCCGAUUUUAGGUCGCAAGAACCGACCGUAACGCUGAAAGCAUUACCUCAGCUAGAAAACCUCGAGACUCUAGUGUUUAUUUGGCCGCAUUUCAAAAGUACUACUUUCCUUUGCAUGGAUGCCCCCCUGUACAGUGUACGUAAGUUACAUUUCGAAGACUGUCAUUUAGAAACAGAAAAGUUUCUCGGAAUGAAUGAAAAGUUUCCCAACUUGCAAGAACACAAAUUUCUGAAUAUGGAGUGGCCUCCUCCUUUCUACUCCCACUCGGACUAGAAACGAAUAAUCGGACUGGAAAUAAAUCAUGUGCGACAAUGGGGCUCUAUCAUCUAUAGAGGUAAAGGAAAAACAAAAGUGCCUAAUUUUACUUAACGAGCCGAAGUGGUACGUACUGAAAACCAUGUGAACAUGAAUUAUAUUAGUGCCAUAAAGGAAUUGAAUUAUAUUGAAAUAAAUAAAGGGUAUUGG